AUGGCGACGCCACGGGAGGCGGGUAGCGGCGCCGCCACUGUCUCUCUGCUCUUCACACCUACCAGCAAAGCAGCUGAUGGCCAGAAGGGGCCCACCCCCGGCGACUUCAGGUCUUUCUCGGGCCUGGGCCGCACGCCCGCCAGUGCUGGACGUGCGUUUGGCGGUGGUAGCACGGUGGCUGCGGGUCCCACGCCGUCCUCGCGCCGGCGCAGCCUCACACCCGCUAGCAGCCGGCAGAUGGACACGCCACCUCCACCGCCCAUGGACAGCCUGCUGGACUCGCCGGGGGGACUGGGACUCAGCUCCGCGGCGUGGCCGCUAGAUCAGGAUGGCGUGGAGGAGAUGCAGGUGUCCACCUCGCCCUAUGCCGUGGCUGCCCGGGCAGCUGGCAUGCCCGCGGCGGCUGUUGGGCAAGAGCUGGCACGUGCAGCACAUGCUUUUGAAGCUCUGGAUGAGACUUGGGUCACUGUGUUUGGCUUCUGCCAGGCCGACCUGCCGCUGGUCAUCCGUGAGUUCAGCAAGGCGGGCGACAUCCAGCAGGCAAGUCGUUGCCUGGGAGGGUUUGGCACGUUUGGCGAGGGCGCUGCAGUCAACUGGAUCCACAUUGAGUACCGGAAUAAGCAUGCCAUGCAGCGCGCCCUCCUGCGCAAUGGCGAUCAGCUGAGUGCAACUUGCAUGGUGGGAGUAAAGCCGCUGGAUGCUGAGCACCGGGCGGUGGUGGAGAAGCAUGGUGGUAGCAGCUCUGGCCCGAGCUUUGCCAUGGCGUUCCCAAAGCCGCAGCAGCAGCGACCGUACACACUGGGGCCGGCAGCAGGAAUGAGUGCAGUGGUCCCAUUGGCCACCAAGGGGCUGACGCAGCGGGUCAAAGAGUUCGUGCUGGGCUGCUAA